AUGAGAUUCAUUUAUGUUGUCUUGAUUAAUCUCAUUAUUUUCCAAUUUAUCACGUUAUUACAUGCUCAAGAUUUUGAUUUCUUCUACUUUGCUCAACAGUGGAAUCCAGCAUCAUGUGACAGCAAGAUAAAAUGUUGUUACCCUACAAAUGGGAAACCAGCUGAAGAUUUUGGUAUUCAUGGACUAUGGCCAAAUUACUUCAAUGGAUCAUUUCCAAAAAGUUGUAAUAAGAAUGUUCGUUAUGAUGAAACACAAAUUUCCGACUUGAUAAGUAGUAUGCAAAAGAAUUGGCCAACAUUAUCUUGUCCAUCAAAUAAUGGAACAAGAUUUUGGUCUCAUGAAUGGAAGAAACAUGGUACAUGUUCCCUUUCAAUGUUGGACAUACAUUCUUAUUUCCAAGCAGCUCUUGCUCUAAAGGAAAAGGUCAAUCUACUCCAAAUUCUCAAAAAUGAAGGUAUCCAACCAAAUGGAGGAUUUUACAACUUGGAAGCAAUCAAGAAAGCAAUAGAAAAAGGCAUUGGACAUACUAUUGGUGUAGAAUGCAAUAUUGAUUUAAAUGGGAAUAGUCAACUUUAUGAAGUUUAUGUUUGUGUUGAUAAAUCUGGUUCAAACAUCAUUGACUGUCCAAUUAUCCCAGAAACUAAAAUAUGUAAUGAAAUUGUUGAAUUUGCUGUUUUUGGAUCAAGAAAUAUACUUGAUGAGGGACAUGCCUAUUCUCUUUAAAGAGACUCUUUAUGACAAGAAAAUCAUUGUUUUGUAAUCAAUUUAAUGAAUUUUAUCAUAAGAUAAGAGAAUUUCUUGCAUUUGA